GAAUGCGGUGGUCCUAUAUAAUUCUUUGCGGUCGCCUCUGCGAUUACACAUCGAGGGCUUUAUCGGUAACGUAAAUCGUGCAGAGAACGUUGCCUUCAUUUUACUAUGUAGAACAAUAUGUGUUGUGCGAUUAACAUAAUACCAGCUCAGACAGGGUGAACAUGGCAAACAAAGGGAAAACCACAACGGGGAAGGUCGACGACGAAAACAACACCGACACAAAUAAUGACGCAUCGAAUGGCAUUGUUCUGGGGAACGUACAACAAAACCGUGAAAGUGAAAUGCGGAAAAUCACAGUAGUGAGUGAACUUGAUGAAGAUGGAGACGAUGCUGCCGAAACUGUUACCACCACAAAUGUGGUUGAAGAAGAGAAUACCGUCAUUGUCAUUGAAGACGAGGCGGAUGGAAAACGCAAGUCGAACUCCUUUGCAGCUAAAAAAACAGUGGCACAAGGUAUGAUGGAUAUUGCUCUUAUAACAGCGAACGCAAACCAAUUGCGCUAUAUAAUCGAAUUUAACAGACACAGCUCCACAUUUUAUGUGAACCUGUUUCUUAUAAUCGUUUCCUUGAUUCUUCAAGUGGGAGUGGGCGUGGCCCUCAUAUUUAAGGGUAGAUUGGAUCUGAAAGGAAAAUCAAAGCAUCAAAGCGCCAAAACUAUAAACAAUUAUGUCGUAGCUGGAAUUUUUCUUGUGACAAUUAUAAACGUUUUCAUAGCCAGUUUUACCAUCACUAACGUUCCAAGUAGCUAAAAUGGCUGCAUCGAUAAGCCGUUUGUUGGAUAAAGUGUCUACAAAGGUAUAUCCGACCAUAGAAAUAAAAUUUAGCUACUAUUAAUUGUACGUAAACGGGGCUUGAAUUGUUUAGUCGCCUUAAAAAUGUUUCCGUUUAUAAAAAAAAUAGGAGUGAUCCCUACUUUAAAAUCCGUGAGAGGCAGGGAAAUAUCUUUGAAUUUUUUUGAAGUGAAACUUCUUUACGCACGGUAGGGUAAGUUCGUUUCAUGCGACAUGCG